AUGGGAGCUGACCACACUACCGCAGAGGUCGCAGGGCUAGACCAGCAACUUAUCGCUGCUGUGCGACGAAACAAGCCCGAAGAGGUCGUCAAACUGCUGGAGGCGGGGGCCGACAUAAAUGCGGUGGACGAGAAACACAGGCAAACACCGAUAUCCUUGGCCGCAGAAAAUGGCUACUUUGAGCUCUUGAGAACUCUCUACGAUAGAGGAGCAGAUCUCGAAUGCUCGGACGAGGACGGGUGGAGCCCCAUGUGGACUGUGCCAGACAAGGGGGUCACCAAGGCUAUUGAUCUGGGCGACGACGAAGGGCAGACGCCCUUGAUGCUCGCCACCAAGCGGGGCCGCGAUGACAAUGUCCAAGUCUUGCUAGAGGCUGGCGCUGAACACUCCCUCUUGGACAACACGAGGUAUAGUGCGCUGUGUCAUGCCUCGGCCAUCGGACACAUGGCGAUCAUCCGCCGUCUAUUUGAUCAUUCUAGACUUAACUCCCGUGGCGCGGGUAUUGCGCAGGGUUUCCCACCAACAAAUAGUGGGCUUGCUUUGUUGACUUUUAUAAUGGCCGUGGCGGGUAAUGAUGACGAGUGGCAAAGUUUCGGCGAAAAUGCGAAGCUCAACUUCAGAUUGCCAGAUGACGAUGGACACUAUGCUAUUCACCUUGCCGCCAAAUACGGAUCCGCGAUGGGUGUUGAGCGGCUGGCAGCGGUCGGUUCGAUGAACGAACGCGACCUCAGCGGAAACACCCCACUCGUAUUAGCCUCUCAAACGGGGCAGCUCGCGGUGGUUGAGUUUCUCCUUACGAAGGGAGCUGAUACCAAUAUAUCCGACAAUGAGUAUGGUGAGACACCCCUGAUGUGGGCCGCGGAGAAUGGGCAUGUCGAAGUUGUCAGAGUGCUUUGCUCGAAAGGCGACACUGACGCCGCCCAGAGCUCGGAAGAGUGCAGCGCGCUACACUUCGCAUUGAAGAUGGGUAGAAGUACAUGUGCCGACGCGCUCAUCGAAGCCGGCGCGGAUCUUGACAUCGCCGAGGGUCAUUAUGGCCAAUCCUGUCUCUCGUGGGCCGCCGAGAAUGGCCAUCUAGAAACCGUUAGGUUCUUGAUCAAAGCCGGUGCCAAGAUGCACUCGGUUGAGCCGUGCGGCAAGGCUCCGAUUCAAAAGGAUGGGCUCGAUGUUAACCUGCAAGAUUCCCAGGGUCGAACACCACUCUCGUGGGCUGCCCAGCAUGGGAAUGUCGACUGUGUCCAAGUCCUUUUAGACAAAGGCGUAGCCCCCGAUACUCCUGACAAGAAGCGCAGGACCCCGCUCUCCUGGGCUGCCGAACAUGGGAAUGUCGACUGUGUCCAAGUCCUUUUAGACAAAGGCGUAGCCCCCGAUACUCCUGACGAGAAAUGCAGGACCCCGCUCUCCUGGGCUGCCGAAAAGGGACAGGUUGGUCCCAUCCCACAUCUCACGGAUAUCGACGGAGGGACACGCAAGGACGUUGUCAGGGAUCCCGAAGCCGACGAUAAGCUUCCAUCUCAGGGGUUGACCAAAUACCACCAGAUCCUCGAACGGCUUAAAUUUCCCGGGUCCAUCUGUGUUCCAGAGCGAGACAAGACCAAGCGAGAUAUCACGCCGAAAAGAGUUCCACUCGGAUUCCUCCUCUCCGAGAGACCCACCUAUUCGCUGGAAAAAUUAGAAAGGAUGAGAUGGGUUGAGCCCACACCGCGUAAAACCAGAUCGUGGCACAAACAAAACCAGGAUCUAAAUGUGGCACAGGGUGAUGCUGCGCCCGAAGAUGACGGCAAAGGCACAAGGGAGACCGCAGCUACGCAAUUCAGGCAGCAAGACGAGCAACAAGUCAACGAGCUCCCCAAUGACCGUGACUCGCACGGCAGGCGUAGCGGCAUGGUUCUCUUCAAACUAUACUGGAGAUAUCUCGAGGAAGACCAUCCCCUUCACCCGCGGCGCACCCUCGAUCAAUUUUAUUACCACACACUGUCGGAUACCAAGGAACGUGACCAAGACCAGACGUGUGUUAGAUAUUUCAACAAGAAGAAAGGUGACUUGGAAGGUCAGACUUUCGAGUUGAGGCGGGUGCUUACCAUGGUCGACCAGCUCUGGAUGUGGAUCCUACCGGCAUGUGGAACAGCGCCGCCCACCGUGAUAACCGCCUUUCCGCAGAGGUCGGAUCGCAUGGCCUGUAAAGACCCAAAGAGGAUGCCGGCGCUGGUUUCGAAUAUUGUCGAUAUAUUGCGGGAUAUAUUGCGGGGUCCGCUCCCAUGCCCGUCUGUGGAAGAGCUGACCGAGAUUAUUGCUACCGAGUGUUCGAGGAUUUACUUUGACACCAUGAGCAACCGGCAUGAGCUGACCCAGUUUUUACAAAUCUACACUACUUCUAUUGGCGACAUCACGGAAGGUGAAACUAGGCGUUUUAGGAAGUUCCAAAAGAGUAUUAGAGAUCUCAAAGAAUUUGAAGAAGCCAAACAUGCUAAGGCAGCGUUCUAUGGCAGCAAACCAGAGCCGCCAGAGAUGUCAAUGGACAUUGAAGAGGACAUUGAAGACCUUCGUAAGAUCAAAGACAUCCGCGAUGAGCUCAACAUCCUGCUCUCCAGCGCGCUGCCCAAGCGCGACGGCACUGAUCGACAGGGCAAGACAAUCAUGUACUUUACCCUACCACUCUCGUUCAUGUCCUCCUUUCUCACCAUCGAAAUCGACGAGUUUCCACGAAGCGAAGGCGGGAAUCUGAAGCUAGGCUUUGUCCUCACAGUCGUUCAAUGCCAGUAUUCUCUUUCCUACCCCCGUUGUUCAAAGUUUGCGCGCGACGAUAAAAGGACGCGGAUCAGCACCCGCCGUGCCAUGCAACUCAUUUUCCAAAACUUCGAAGCCCGCCUCUUUGAGUUUUCGACUAGUUGUGAUGCGCUGAACGAUACCACGUUCGGCGCAAGGCUUAGCGCUUUCAUAGCCGGUAUAACCAUCCUGAAGACGUAG